UGCAGAAUGAUUACAGGUUACCAUUUUAUGAAGGGCCAAACUUUAGCCGUCUGACACUUCCUCUAUUACUCUCAGCCCCUCCUUAAACCUCAAAGACGGCAUUGGCGUUUGUCUCUGUAAACCUCUCAAUCUCUCUUCAUUCUCGGUUUCAUCCAGCAUCUUCUUUUGCUUAGUUUCAACAACUUAACAUCGAGGAAGUAUAAAUGGCAGGAAAAUCAAACAAAGGAAGGAAUAGGAAAGGGGCACACCAUGCUACUACACAUUCUUCUGAGGUAGUAGUUUCUUCUGAUGCUUCAGAAGUUGUUAAUGGUGCUUUGGAGUCUAAAGCGGAGCCAGUUGGACCAGUUGAGGAAUCAUCAGACAUUAUGGCAGCCAUUAAAGGAUCUGAAACAGCUAAUCCAGAAAAUCAACCAAAGCAAGGGGAACUUAAUCUUUAUCCCAUAUCUGUCAAAACACAAAGUGGCGAAAAGCUUGAAUUACAACUCAAUCCAGGAGACUCUGUUAUGGACAUUAGACAGUUCCUUCUUGAUGCUCCUGAAAGUUGCUAUUUCACAUGCUAUGACUUAUUGUUGCACACAAAGGAUGGUUCCACUUUCCAACUAGAAGAUUAUAAUGAAAUUUCUGAAGUAGCUGAUAUUACAGUUGGUGGUUGCUCGUUAGAGAUGGUACCUGCAUUAUAUGAUGAUAGAUCGAUAAGGGCCCAUGUUCAUCGUACCAAAGACAUGCUUUCCCUUUCCACUCUUCAUGCUUCACUGUCAACAUCUCUUGCAUUAGAGUAUGAACUUGCUCAGAAAAAUGCAGCAGCAACUACAGGAGACAUUGCGGGCAAAACAAAGGUCCCAGAGCUUGAUAGCCUUGGUUUCCUGGAAGAUGUUUCUGGUUCGCUUGGCAGUUUUCUAUCAUCAUCCUCGAAAGAAGUAAGAUGUGUAGAGAGCAUUGUGUUUUCAUCCUUCAAUCCUCCUCCAAGCUAUAGAAGGCUCACUGGAGAUUUGAUAUACUUGGAUGUGAUUACAUUGGAGGGUAAUAAGUUCUGUAUAACGGGAACUGCAAAAAAGUUUUAUGUCAACUCAAGCACAGGAAAUGUUCUUGACCCAAAGCCAUAUAAAACUAAUUAUGAAGCUAGUACUCUGGUUGGGCUGUUGCAAAAGAUUAGCUCUAAAUUCAAAAAAGCUUUCCGUGAAGUUCUGGAACAGAGAGCCUCUGCACAUCCUUUUGAAAAUGUUCAAUCUUUGUUGCCCCCAAAUUCGUGGCUUGGUGUCUAUCCCGUGCCUGACCAUAAGCGUGAUGCAGCCAGGGCAGAAGAUGCACUAACACUCUCCUUUGGUAGUGAGCUGAUUGGCAUGCAACGGGAUUGGAAUGAGGAGUUGCAGUCUUGUCGGGAGUUUCCUCAUACAACUCCGCAGGAAAGGGUUUUGCGUGAUAGGGCUCUCCACAAAGUAACUUCAGACUUCGUCGAUGCAGCUAUUCGUGGUGCUAUUGGAGUCAUCAACAGAUGCAUACCCCCAAUAAAUCCAACCGAUCCAGAAUGCUUUCACAUGUAUGUACACAACAAUAUUUUCUUCAGCUUGGCUGUGGAUGCGGACCUUGAACACAUAUCCAAGAGAUCUGCAUCUGAUGGUAAUUCAAAAAACCAGGGCACAAGCUCUUUACAUGGUCCUUCGGAGAGGGCUAUUGAUCGUUCAUUGCACGGUGACGUUGUACUUUCUUAUGGUGAAAGAUGUAAUUCACGUGGUACUUUGGAAGUUAAUGGUAUAACUGAAUCUUCACCUGAUGGUCCAACUGAGAUUCAGUUGACUGAGAGUGAGCAAGCUACAUAUGCCUCUGCAAAUAACGAUUUGAAAGGCACACAAGCAUAUCAGGAAGCAGAUGUCCCUGGGCUUUACAAUCUUGCCAUGGCAAUCAUUGAUCACAGGGGUCAUAGAGUGGUAGCUCAGAGUGUUCUUCCUGGCAUUCUUCAAGGGGACAAAUCCAACUCUCUUCUGUAUGGUUCUGUUGACAAUGGUAAAAAAAUCAACUGGAAUGAAGAAUUCCAUGCCAAGGUGUUGGAAGCUGCCAAACGUCUGCAUUUAAAGGAACACUCUGUCCUCGAUGCAUCUGGGAAUGUUUUCAAGUUAGCUGCACCGGUGGAAUGCAAGGGCAUUGUAGGUAGUGAUGACAGGCAUUAUCUUCUUGACUUAAUGAGAGUAACUCCCCGUGAUGCAAACUAUACUGGGCCAGGAUCUCGAUUUUGUAUUCUAAGACCAGAGCUUAUUACUGCGUUUUGCCAGGCCCAAGCUUCAGAUCAGCUAAAAUCCAAGGUUGAGUGUGAAGGAGCUAGCAUAGUUGAUUCUCCUCAAGUGGCUGAUGGUGGAAAACAAGAGGAGGAAGUCUCAGCUGUAACUAGUGUUGGAAGUGAUACUAGCAAGGACAAGAAGACCGAGGAUCUCAAAGAGAGCUCACAAUCACAGAAUGAAAUCUUUUUUAAUCCUAAUGUCUUGACUGAGUUUAAGUUGGCUGGGAGUGAAGAGGAGAUUGAAGAAGACAAAAAUAAUGUGAGGGGAGCCAGUAUGUUCCUCACAGAUGUUGUGCUUCCAAAAUUCAUUCAAGAUCUCUGCACACUGGAAGUCUCACCAAUGGAUGGCCAGACCUUGACUGAGGCACUCCAUGCUCAUGGAAUUAAUGUUCGGUAUAUAGGAAAAGUUGCUGAGGGCACUAAACAUUUACCCCAUUUAUGGGACCUUUGUUCUAAUGAGAUUGCAGUUAGAUCUGCAAAGCACAUUCUUAAGGAUGUUUUGAGAGAUACUGAAGAUCAUGACUUGGGGAUGGCACUUUCACAUUUCUUCAAUUGUUUCUUUGGAAGUUGUCAAGUACUUGCUACAAAAGCAGCUAGUAAUAUUCAGUCCAGAACCCCAAAGAAGGACCAAGUGGGUCACCAUCAUUCUUCCGGAAAAAAUUUAAGGGGACAAGCCAGAUGGAAAGGUAGAACACUUGCAAAAAAGAGUCAAUCCUCAUAUAUGAGUGUUAGCUCAGAUUCUCUUUGGGCUGACGUUCGAAAUUUUGGAAAGCUCAAAUAUCAGUUUGACUUACCGGAGGAUGCACGGUCGCGUGUGAAGAAAGUUUCUGUUGUACGGAGCCUUUGCCAUAAGGUCGGAAUCACAGUUGCUGCUAGGAAGUAUGAUUUAAGUUCUGCUGCACCUUUCCAGACAUCAGAUAUCUUGAAUCUCCAACCUGUUGUUAAGCAUUCAAUUCCUGUAUGUUCAGAAGCGAAGGAUCUCGUCGAAACAGGAAAGCUGAAGUUGGCAGAGGGGAUGCUUAGCGAAGCCUAUGCAUUAUUUUCAGAAGCAGUCUCGAUACUUCAGCAGGUUACUGGUCCAAUGCAUCGAGAGGUUGCCAAUUGUUGCCGGUACCUAGCUAUGGUUUUGUAUCAUGCAGGAGACAUGGCCGGAGCCAUAGUCCAACAGCACAAGGAACUGAUUAUAAAUGAACGUUGUUUGGGUUUGGAUCAUCCUGACACAGCCCACAGUUACGGUAAUAUGGCUCUUUUCUACCAUGGACUUAACCAAACAGAACUUGCACUACGACACAUGUCUCGAGCAUUGCUGCUGCUAGGUUUAUCGUCUGGUCCUGACCAUCCUGAUGUUGCUGCAACUUUCAUAAAUGUUGCAAUGAUGUACCAGGAUAUUGGAAAGAUGAACACAGCUCUUCGUUAUUUGCAAGAAGCGUUGAAGAAAAACGAAAGACUUCUAGGCGAGGAACAUAUUCAAACUGCUGUUUGUUACCAUGCUCUUGCUAUUGCAUUCAAUUGUAUGGGUGCCUUUAAGCUGUCCCACCAGCACGAAAAGAAAACCUACGAUAUACUCGUCAAACAAUUGGGUGAAGAAGAUUCGCGGACGCAAGAUUCAGGAAAUUGGAUGAAGACAUUUAAGAUGCGUGAGGUUCAGAUGAAUGCUCAGAAACAGAAGGGCCAAACUCUGAAUGCUGCCUCGGCUCAGAAGGCCAUCGAUAUUCUUAAGUCUCAUCCAGACUUAAUGCACGCAUUUCAAGCUGCUGGAUCUGGCAAUUCUGGAGGUGCUAUCAACAAAUCCCUCAAUGCUGCUAUUAUUGGUGAAACUCUUCCGCGAGGUAGGGGUGUAGACGAGAGAGCUGCUCGCGCCACAGCUGAAGCAAGAAAGAAAGCUGCAGCUCGAGGCCUCUUGAUACGUCAAUCAGGCGUCCCAGUUCAAGCUAUGCCACCACUUACCCAAGUGCUCAAUAUCAUCAAUUCUGGCGUGACACCAGACGCAGCGGAUAGUAGCGAAACAGAUGGUGAGAAGAAAGAAGUUAACGCCAACCCCGCUACUAACAACACUCAGGUGGAUGGAAAACAAGAUCAGCUGCCUUCAGCACAAGAUCAGGCCCCGGUUGGAUUAGGCUCCGGCUUAGCUUCCUUGGAUGCCAAGAAACAAAGACCGAAAUCGAAAGCUGCGGCUUGAGUGUUGAAACUUUUUGUUAGAUUGGCCAGAGGAUAAAUAAUUUAUUUGAGAUAGGGAGGAAACUCUCUAAUUGGCCAAUAAUGAAUGACACUUCUGGGUCCAUUUGAGUAAAGAGUUCAGCUUAGUUUUAGCAAUUGGCUGCUAAAAAUUAGUUUUAGAUGGGCCAAUGCAGUACAGGUAUUCCAUUAUUUCAAUCCUUUCCCAAUAAUUAGGGUCGUUCAAGCUUGAGCGCAUUUUUAUUUUAUUGAGUCAGUUAUAAUGUUGGUAGUACAUCUGGGUUCGUUUGUACUGUUAUGUAAUAUGAUAUGAUCUUCAUCUCAUAUUACCUUAAUGUGCCAAGCUUAGCAAUUUAAAGGCAGUGUCUGUUCUUUCAACCUGCUAAUCCAUAUAUGAAGUUGCGUUAGCUGGUUUUAUUAGUUCA